AUGUCGAUGGAUCAGUUGAUGGCACUAGUGCCAAUUGAGGCCGCAACAGCCAUAGCGACAACCACAGGGACUGGAAGGAAGUCAAGGUGGGAAAGACCGUCCGCACCGAAAAGUAAAAAGUCAAGAUUCGGACCAAAAGAGGAUAAACCCUACCUUCCGCCUCCAUUCAUCGAUCUUCCUCCUGGUUUAACGCCACUCCAAGUAGAUCAGUUUUUGCGCGAGCAGAGGCUUGAUGAAUUAUCAUUGAAAUUGGAGAAGGGUGAACUUGAAUUUGGUGAUCCAGACAUCCGGCCUCCAAGCCCUCCUCCAUCUUACGAUAAAAACGGCAACAGGACAAACACAAGAGAUGUGAGAGUUAGAAACGCAAUGGUGUCUGAGCAUCAACGUUUAUUGGAAUAUGUCACGAAGACUGUUCCUGGAUUCUUGCCCCCUGCUGAUUUUAAACCAUUGAAGAAGAUGAAGAAGAUAAUCAUUCCUCAAGAGAAGUAUCCAGAGUAUAACUUCAUGGGAUUGAUUAUUGGUCCGCGUGGGUGUAACCAUAAGAGGUUAGAGAGUGAAAGUGGUGCUCAAAUUUCUAUUCGUGGACGUGGAACUCAAAAAGAGGGAAAAAAAAACGAUCAUCAGACUGAGGAGGAAGCAGCAAUGCCUCAACACAUUCAUAUUGCAGCAGAUACGGAUGAACAGAUUGAGAAAGCUGUUUCUCUGAUUGAGCCUCUAUUGAAUCCAUUCCAUCCAAUGCAUGAAGAAUUCAAGAAGAAGGGAUUGGAACAACUUGCAUUAGUGAAUGGUGUUGCUAUGAAUAAGAUUGAGGCACGAUGCAGCGUGUGUGGUGGAACAGGACAUUUAUCGUGGGAAUGUCCUGAUCAGAAUUUCCAAUCAUUUAAGAAAGCGGAAGUUAAAUGUGCAUUGUGCGGUGACAAGGGUCACGUCACAAUGGAUUGUAAAUUAGCACGAGGAUUAUCGAGUGAACAAUUAGCAGAAAUAGAGAAAAAAGCACAGGGAAUUGCGACUGGAGGUCCUUCCCACUUUGGUGGAUCUGGUGCUUCGAAGCAAGGAACGAUGGAUUCGCAGAGAUUGGAUCAAGAAUUUUCUUCGUUCAUGUCCCAGCUCUCUGGGACCAGGCCGGUUGUUGAAGAGACGUUGUCUUAUUCAAGGCCGAGGCCUGGCAUCGGAGCAACAUCUGCUUCAACACCACCUCCAGGAACGAGUCCUGGCUCAUCCCGAUCAAUUCCUCCCCCACCAGCUCAACCCUACGAUCCCUCAUCUGGUUAUCAUGAUGCUGCCGCAAUGAUGAUGUACACACAACAAGCUGCUGCUGCUUAUGGAUAUGGAGGGAAUACUCAAGACUCGAAUGCAAUGAUGGCAGCUAUGAAUUCCUAUAUGAACCCAGCAGCAUGGGCAAUGAUGGCAGCAUAUUAUGGAACUACUGCUGGUGGCUAUUCUGGUUAUGGAAGUUACUCCAAUCAAACUCCUUAUCAAAACGCGUAUGCAAGCAUGAACGGCCAGGAUGUUCCCCAACAGGCAACUCUUCCUCCUGCUGCUGCUGCUGCUGCAGCACCGCCAUCGGAGCCUUCCGCUCCUCUUCCUGACGAUGCACCGGCGCCACCUCCUCAGUAG